UAUCGAUGUAUGUUACUGUCAGAAGACAGAAGUGUCAGACUGACACUAGGUAUGACAUAAGGUAAUACCUGAUGUGUUACGAAUUGAGAAUUUGAGAUCGGACAGACUGAUAGUUAUAUUAUUGGUUUUUCUAGGAUACUGUUCUCAGAUGGAAAAUUUUUCAAGAGUAGAAAAAAUAGGCGAAGGUACUUAUGGCGUAGUAUAUAAAGCAACGGAUAGAGUGACUGGAAAGGAAAUUGCUUUGAAGAAAAUAAAAUUGGAAAAUGAGCCGGAGGGCGUGCCGUCGACGGCGCUGCGGGAGAUCUCGGUGCUGCGCGAGCUGCGCCACCCCGCCGUCGUGCAGCUGCUGGACGUGCUGCUGGCCGACAACAAGCUCUUCUUAGUCUUUGAAUUCCUUCACAUGGACUUAAAGCGCCUUAUGGACAUUACCAAAGGCCCACUUCAUCUCGAUCUUGUUAAGAGCUACCUGCGGCAGCUGCUGGAGGGCGUGGCGUACUGCCACGCGCAGCGCGUCAUGCACCGCGACCUCAAGCCGCAGAACCUGCUGGUGGACGCCGCCGGCAGCAUCAAGCUGGCCGACUUCGGGCUGGCGCGCGCCUUCGGCAUCCCCGUGCGCGCCUACACGCACGAGGUCGUCACGCUGUGGUACCGCGCGCCCGAGAUCCUGCUGGGCGCCAAGUUCUACUCCACCGCCGUGGACGUGUGGAGCCUGGCCUGCAUCUACGCCGAGAUGGCGAGCGGCCGCACGCUCUUCCCGGGCGACAGCGAGAUCGACCAGCUGUUCCGCGUGUUCCGCGCGCUCGGCACCCCGGGCGAGCGCGUGUGGGCGGGCGCGCGCCGCCUGCCCGAGUACCGCGCCGCCUUUCCGCGCUGGCCGGCGCGGCCCGCCCGAGCCCUGCUGCCGGCCGCCGCGCGCGCCGACCCGCUGGCCGGCGCGCUGUUCGACGCCAUGCUGCGCUACGAGCCCAGCCGCCGCCUGCCCGCGCGCGCCGCGCUGCUGCACCCCUACCUGGCGCACGCGCCGCGCACGCCGCCCGACCUGCCCGCCUGACCGCCUGACCGCCCCGCCGCCCCACCGCCCCACCGCCUAUACGAUGACACCGACCGGAGACGCGAUUGCUCUGUGCCUACAAGUUUCAUGUGCUCUAUUUCCAGACUCCGCGAAUUAUAGCGAAUUCGGCCCGACACACGGGAAUCGAACCCGAUACCUCAGUCAUAGCAAUCGCGAUUGCGACCACGAAACCGACGAGGCAGUCAACUUCACAUACUGCAAUGCGAGAGAUAAAAUAAAAGUUUUCACACAGCUCUCAGAAGUUGGUGUAUGCAGGUUGUUACUUAACUAUGCUUUCUCUUUCUUUGACUUCUAAAGCCAUUUGAAAAUAUUA